AUGGAGGACGAGGAGGGCUACACCGUGCUGAACCUGCAGCCCAAGGGGAGAGGCUCAGUGGUCCCGUCCUCGGACAGGAUCCAAGUUUCCCACUUGGUGUCCGAGAAGGGACAGACCCCGGCAGCCCCUGAUUGCGACGGAGCCGGGAGCAGAGACCCCAGCACAGCAGAAUGCAGCACCUGCCUAGAGCGUUUCCGAUCCCAACUGUGCCACCCGGCCCUACCCAGCCCAGCAGGGGGUUCCAGAUGCAAACUCUGCCCCACGGACUGGCGGCUGGACGGGAACAAGUGCUACUGGGUCUCCAGAGAAAAUAAAAUAUGGAACGAGAGCCGCGCCGACUGCUCAGCGAGGGGCUCUCAGCUGCUGGUGAUCCGGGACCGGGAGGAGCUGGAGUUCAUAAAGGACCUGACACAAGGCACAUCUCUGUUCUGGAUUGGACUGUCCAUCCCUUCCGUGGAGAAGGCCUGGACCUGGGUGGACGGCUCCCAGCUGGAUCAGACCCAGUUCCCGGUGUCAGGCCCGGCUGAGGGGAACAGCUGUGGGGCAGUGAAGGGGAAUCAGAUUCAUUCUGACACCUGCAGCUCUGCAUUUCAGUCAAUUUGCCAGCAAGAUGCCGUCCCGCUCUGAACAAGAUACGAAGGAGACCUCAGAGUGCGGCACUGUUAGCCCCAUGUCUCACCUGGGGAAACCGACACUGACCUGCCCAAGAUUACACAGAGUUGGUGGUAAAGUGGGAAAUGGAACCCAGGACCCGACUCCCAGCCCCCAGCCCUCUAACCCCUCUCCCAGAGCUGGGAAUAGAACCCAGGCAUCCUGACUCCCAGUCCUACCUCAGCCUAGAGAAGAGUGAUUCCAAGCUCUGGCUUCACAUAUUCCAGCAGGGGCUGGAGAGCGCUGCGGGGGCUGGGCUUGGGGCGUAGAGUAUCAGGCUCUGCACAGCCAGAGGGAAACUUAUCCCUCACCCCCCAGGACCAGGAGAGAAGAGUCUGCCCUGGGUCAUGUAAAUCAGCAAAGAUCCAGUGUCCGAGCUGGGCCCAGUGACUCCACCCUUUGUGGUUCAGUUUCUCCAUCUGUGAAAUGGGGUAAUGAGACAGAAAAGCUCUAGAUCAGAGCUAGGGAUCAGCAGGGGUCAUUUGGGGCCCUAAGUAGGAACAUUACUCCCCCUCAAUACUACCACAAGUUCUUAUAAUAAAAAGUGAAUGGGGCCCCCUUGAGCUGCUUGGACCCCUAGGCAAUUGCUUAGUCUGCUUAUGCCUAUUGCUGGCUAUCAUCACUCAGAGAGUAAAGAUUUCUGUUGAACCGUGCAAAAGCUGAGUGUGUUUAUUGUUGAUGGGCCACAGAUCAGCCAGAACCCUGGCUUGGGAUUCAGGGCACCUGGGUUUAUUCCUGGAUCUGACCUGUUCUGUGACUUUUGACAAAUCACUUGC